GGACGUGUGGCGAUUUUGGAGACAAAUCACAAUGGGAGAAGCGCCUGCUCAGAUUCCGACGAGUUUCGGCCACGAGCUUAGGGCUUGUCUUCGAUGCCGCCUCGUCAAGACCUACGAUCAGUUUAGAGACUCUGGUUGCGAGAAUUGUCCUUUCUUCAAAAUGGAAGACGAUCAUGAACGUAUCGUCGAUGUUACAACACCUAAUUUCAAUGGUAUAAUCUCUAUGAUGGAUCCACGCAGAAGUUGGGCAGCAAGAUGGUUAAGAAUUGGGAAGUUUGCUCCUGGUUGCUACACUCUUGCUGUCUCAGAGGCACUCCCAGAGGAAAUGCAGUCCAUAUGCCAACAAGUACGGGUGCAGUACGUUCCGCCCAAACGCAUUUGAAGCCCUUUGCAGCAAGUGUCUCCAUAUUGACAUCUCUGCAAGUCGUCAGUUUCAAGAAGACUUAUUAGUCCGAUGGAGGUUAUGAAGGGAAGUAGUUAAGUUAUGUACUUUGUUUCUGAUUUCAACUAAUAUAGAGAUUUGAUCCUC